AUGAAGUUGAAAUUUCUUCUUGCAAUAUUUGCAUUCUCCGGCGUUUUGGCCGCCAAUGAAUCCUCGGAUGAGGAUAAUUAUUUUGUUGCUAGAGCAACUACAUGUUAUUGCUGUUCCGGCUUCGUUGUGAAGAACAUCGCCGGCACUCGAUGUGGUAGUGGCGGAAGUUGCGAUAGUAGCGACACGCUUUGUUGUCAGAAAGGUGCGAUUGUGUAUCCACCAGUGAACUCUCAGAACAACAGCGCCAUUGUCUGUAAGGGCUGA